AUGCGCGCUGCCUACUUCCUCUCCACCUUGUUAGCUGCCACGGCCUUGGCCUCUGUAGUGCCUCAAGCACCCGCAGAGAAUGCUGAGCUCGUUCCGAUUGACGGCCCGACUGAGCUGGACAAACGUGACCCUGUCGCAUUGGCAUCGGAAGGGGACGACGAUGACGACUUUCUUGAUCUGGAGGAUGCGGAUGACGAGGAUGAGGUAACCGCCAGCCACCUGGACGAGCGCGGAAUCUUUGACAGCGGCGGUCGAGUUUGCAAGAAGAAGAACCAGAAGACCUGCUUUCAUGUCAAGUCCAACGGACGGUGCAAAAACCUUGUUUCUUCGAACGGAAAGCCGUUUAUCUCCGGCUCGGCUGACGGUGGAUGCAUCUGCACCGUGUAUUCACAGAAGGGCUGUCCCUGGAUCAAGGGCAAGAGAAAGAGCUAUGAUGAGCGUGGUGCGAACUUCGGGUUCAAUGCGAAGAGUAUGGAUUGCUCUGUUAAGGUCUAA